AUGAGAAUUGUGUCUUCUGUCUCCUUCUCGAUCCUAAUCAAUGGUAAAUUCGGCGGAAAUGUUGUGCCAACUAGGGGCUUACGACAAGGAGACCCCCUAUCUCCUUUCCUUUUUUUGCUGGUUGGUGAAGUCCUAUCAAGGAAUAUUGUAAGUGCGGUUAGGGAUCAUAAACUACAGCACAUAAAGCUCAAUCGGAAUUGCCCUGGCCUGUCCCAUUUAAUGUUUGUUGAUGAUACUUUGUGCUUCACCAAGGCUAAUGUUGAAGACUAUAGGAAGUUGAGGCUCAUUACGGACUCUUACUGCUCUGCAUCUGGCCAACGUAUUAAUUUCGACAAGUCUUCUGUUUUCUUCUCAUCUAAUACCCCAGUGGAGAUUCAUGAGGCUAUUGCAAAUGAGCUUGGCAUUCCAGUGUCUCAACCAGGUGUCUAUCUUGGUUUGCCAACGAUGUGGGGAAAUUCCAAACGCAGUGCUCUUGCUUAUAUCCGGGAAAGGGUUAAGAGGAAACUUGAUGGGUGGAAAGCAAAUAUCCUCUCUCAGGCUGGUAGGGAGGUGUUGAUCAAGUUUAUUGCCAUGGUGGUCCCGACCUAUCCUAUGUCUAUUUUUCUCUUGCCUAAGCUCCUGUCCAAGCAAGGGCGGAGGCUAAUCCAUAAUGACGACUCUAUGUGGGCAAGAAUUCUAAGGGCUAGGUACUUUGAUCAAUCCUCCUUCCUUAAGGCAAAGAAGGGCUCUAGACCAUCAUGGAUUUGGAAUAGCCUUCUGGCUGGCAGAGACUCUGUUUCAAAGCAAUUUUUUUGGCAAGUCCACAAUGGUAGGAGUAUAGAUGUUUGGUCGGAUUCUUGGGUUCCAAAUAAUAAUGGUGGCGAAAUUAUCCCCGUGGACACCUCCAACCGAUUCACUCCCCUCCAAGUUCAUGAUUUAAUCGAUGAGUCUAGGAACUGGGAUGUGAGUCAUUUGCAGUAUUUCCUUUCGGAGGAAGAUUUUUCUUCUAUUAAAGCCAUUCCUAUUGGAGACGUGGAUGAGAGGGACAUACUGGUGUGGCCUCACUCUAAGGAUGGGGAUUAUUCUAUGAAGAGUGGUUACAAAUGGAUUUUUAAUCCAGCUGUCCCCAAAUCUGCCAUGAAGCCCUCCUCUUCUCAUGUCAUUAGUCCUAAUGUUUGGCAUGUGGUUUGGAAGGCUGAUUUUUUGCCUAAGAUCUCUAAUUUCCUUUGGAGAGCUCUCUCAAAUGCCUUAUCUACCGGUUGGAAUGUUUUCAAGGGGAAGAUCAUCCCUUCCCCAACUUGUGCUCUGUGUGGUGAGCAUGUCGAGACUAUUGAGCACUGUCUUCUUCUAUGCCCUUGGACGGAGUUAGUUUGGUUUGGUAAUUCCCUGGGCAGUUCACAAAAGCUCGAUCUAGCUCUCCAAGAAUGGUUAGAUGUGUUUGCUUUGGUUUGUUUUCACCUUUGGGAAAUUUGGAAGGAAAAAUGUUCAGCUGUCUCGAAGAAAAUUCUCCCCAAUCCUUCUACAAUCUACAAUAUUCAAAGAAGUUUCCAUGAAUGGUUUGAGGCUAAAGAGAGCAUUAAAAAAGCUUUGGAUCUGGAUGAUGACUCGGGUUCGAAUGAGGCCAUUAGAAGAUCUGAAGAGUCUCAUGUGAGAGGGAGAGCUGGUCUCAGAAACGAAGAAAGGAAAAAUUGGAGUCCUCCCCCACGGGGUUUGUUAAAGUCAAUGUGGAUGCAGCUUGGAAAAAAGGAAGUGAGCAUAGUGGGGUUGGUGCUAUUGCUCGUAAUUUCAAAGGGUUCUCUGUGGCUGGAGCUAGCAUUCUUGGCAGGCACAACUCGGCUCGGAGGCUGA